GGGACACAAUAACACGCUUAAAGUAAAUUUGUUUUGAUACAUUUCAGUGCAUUUUCUCCGUUGGAAGUUUAAAAUGGCAGUCUUUUUCAGGUUCAAAUGCAAAUAUCUCAAAGAAAUGAUGCGAACUCCAACUUUCCAGCGUCUGUGCCGAGUUCAAUUAAACAUUCUCUCGACCCAGUUAUGAAAUAUUUAAUGAAUAAAGUCAAGUAAAGUAAGUUAAAAUGAGGCAAAUUCUCAGUCUGGCCACAAGUAAAGGUCUCUGCUUUGUUGAGAAUCCGGAAAUCCUACACGGUCUCCGAUUGGUCAAUGGACAAAAUACGGGCAGGUGUGUUGACAAGUUAUUGACACUUGAAACAAUGGGAAGCCCGCUGAAUGGCUCGGAAGCCAAUCAAAUGUCGAUUUGAACCCGAGGCGGUGUCGAGAUCCAGUAAGCAGUCCUUAGUGUCUUGUAAGCCAUCUGGUGUUACAGCGGUCAAACUACCCCGAUUACUAGUGUAUAACUAGGGAUGGGAAACGCGAAGCGUCUGAACUUGUUAAUGUUGUGAAUAUAUUGUAAUGGCCGAGAUCACGGGAUUCUUUCAAUGGCGCACACUUGAACCAUUCGGUUUAAUGAUGGUUGAUGGCUUUGAUUAGCAAGAUUAGUGUCUCAAGACAACAAGGUCGAGAAAAAGAUCGAUUUAUGAUUAACAAACACUUAGAUUGUGCCGAACGUGGAGAAUUCCUGCCAUUUGACAGUGUGUUUGUUAGUGAUAAGCUGUCGUAUCAGGCCAUGUGAAAUGACUGCUAUCUUGUCAAACACGAAUUUGUACGCUUCUUUCACGAUGGAAGAUCAAUGUUUGGUUGACGGCUUCUUGACGGAUGACUGGGAGAAUACAACGGAUGAAUUAACUUUUCUGUGUAACAAGUCGUCAGAGCAAGACGAUUUUCCCGCCAAAGCAGAGAAGCCUUUUUUAGGGAUAAAACGAACAAUAACGUCCACGGGGCAAGAAGUAUUACAACAAGAUGAUAGGAAUUCAUAUUGUAACCCAACUAGACAAGGCUUUACCAAUGCAUCCAACGAGUCACAACAAGAGGGGAAAUUCCUAAUCCAAGUAUCAUUUGAAAAACUACGACGAGUGGAGGAUCACGAAUCUUGUUUGAGACGAUCAGUGCUCAUAAACAACACUUUAAAGCUCGUUCAUAGUGAAAUAUAUGGAGUCAAAAGCCCUUUUGGAUUGACAAGUGCUCUGUCAACGAAUUUAGAUACGGAUAUCUUGAGUAAUACGGCAUUACCGCCGCCAAGAAAGAGAAGAAAACGGUAUUUAAACGACACAAAUCCAGACGCGUGCCCAUGUCGGCGGAAAUCUAAUGAUGCAGAUAAUUUUGUACAAAAUUGUGAACGUUGUACACUUUCCCAAGUGUUGAACGAGGAACUAGAGGAUGAUGUUUUUCAAAGCGAAUGUUUACAUUUAGAUAAGGAACCUUCAAUAUUUAGCGAACUGGACAGUGUAUUUCACAGCUUUGUUUGUGCACUGGAGACAUAAAUACCGCUAAGAUAAAUCAUACAAAUCUAACGUGAUGAAGCCUUUAUCUGAUAUUGGCUAUUCAAACUGAUUGAUGCGGUUAGUAAAUCGCGUUUAUACAAUUCAAACGAUACUUAUAGCCUAAAAAUACUGCAGUAUAUUAUGAUUCGAUAAACUCAAGCCAUUCAGUGAUGAUUUGCAUACUCAGAUGUCAAAUACAAUAUGCAAAUACGCCAAGCAUAUUGACAACAGAGAAUUUUAAAGUAUAUUAUAACUGAUUUUCCACAAUAUCCAAUGAAGCAAAAUAAAAAAAAUAUACAUUUAAGAUUGUUCGACUUUUAUCAUUUGACUUUGAUUGCACUUGUUUUUUAACAUUUACAUUGCCCUUUAGCAUUUUUUGGGUGGAAAGUGGGUGUGAUUGCCACUGAUGAAUUGAAAYUUUAGGGUCAUGUUACAUUUAACUGGAAAAAAGCCCUACAAUUUGUUUGACUGAAGCAAUAAAAAAUAACACAAAACUAUUUAACUAGCUAAGGAUACAAAAUAUUUACAUGUAAAAGAAAAAACAUUUCUUGCAAAUAUUGAUUUGUUGUUUAGGUAGUUGACCGACCCUCAGGCAUGCCAUAACUGAUAAACAUGAAUAAUGAAUGUUUGCUUUUUUAUUACGAUUAGAAAAGAUUAUUUCAUGUUCCUGAUGCCGCCUAAAAAUUGGGAUUUGUUUGUGGCUGCCCAAAACCAUCACAAAAUGAACAGUCAUCACUAUUGUUAUAGACUUUUCAAGUGUUGUUUCCAAGAGUCCAUAUAAAUGCAAAUCAUGUCAAAUUAUGAAAAUGAUUUUCUUAAUAUCCCAGCAACAGAUUUUUUACCAUGAAUUAAAAAUAAUAGAAACAAUACAGUUAUAAAGACUGUACUCUAAGUAAAGCUCCUCGCAGAUUAUCAGUACAAAUUUUUACAAUUCUCUUUGUUGUAUUUAUAGGUUCAAUGCGACGGUGCUGUUUGUUCAUUUUUGAUGGUUUGCUUUCAACCUAAUACGCAUUGCUAUAGCAACAUAAAGUAAACAUCCCUGGGACUGUUUUUUCUCAAAACUCUUUUUUGAUAAGCUUUAGUAAAUAAUAGUAAAUUUGUUUAACUCAACUUUCAUGCAAAGAAAUUUUUUCUGAGAUCACAACUAGAGUUUUGACAAAUAUGAUUUUUUCGUUCAAGUUUCUGAAAUAUCAAACUGCCUAUAUGCUAUAUCCUUGAAUAAUGGAUCUUAUAGACCAAUCCCACAUUUGCUUGGGCGAACACGAAACAAUGGCUUCAUUCCAAGGCUUUAUCUCCAGCGUCGAAAUGAAGCCAUUGUUCCAUGUUCAUACAAGUGAAUUUGGGAUUGGUCUAUUUAGUGAAUAUUUCAGAAAAAGAUUGCAUCCUUUGUUUUUGAGGGGUUUUAACUGGUUCUGGUUCAGUAAUAACAAAUAAAAGACAUUAAAUGAAGAAACAAUUUUUCAGUUAUCAAUAAAAAUGAUCAUGGAGAGAUCAGAAUGGAGCCAUCAAAC